AUGAAGUUCAAAACCAAAGAAAGGAUCUUAAAGCAGCUCUUCAUUUUCAAUGCAAUGACGACCCUUGCAAACCUCACAGUGCUCUUAUAUCUCUCUUAUACUUUGUCUCCGAUUGAGGAUAAAAUAAAUCCAAUGGAAAAUGUAAUUCCUAUUUAGGCUGUCAUUACGAUUUCAUUACUUAUAUUUGGAGGGUUUUCGAUUUAUUCUCGCUAUAAAACCCGCAUUCUCAUGUUCAAUGUCCUGUAAUUUUUACUUAAAUCCCCCUCCUUAGGAACAAAAUUUUUUUGUUUGAUAAUGGAGGGUUAUAUUUUUUUUUUAAAAAAAUUUCAUAAAUUUUAUAAUAAUUGUUUUUUCGAAGCUUAAAAUUAUUUGCAAAAUUUGGAAAGCAAAUAUUAAUUUAAUUGUAAAAUUUAUGCUCUAAACGCAAGCUAUCAAAAUUAAACAGAAUUAGCUAGAAAUUUCAUUUUAAUAAUUAUCAUCAUAUAUAUAUCAAAAAUUUUCCAUUGUUCACUGGGGGUGAAUUUUUGCCAAGAAAUAGGAUUUUUUCAAUAGUUUUGCUAGCUCACAAGGGGAAGUUAGCGCAAUUUGUUAUAGCAUGACUCUAGUGUUGCGAGAAGGUGCAGAUGAUAUUCAGCACAUCGCAAAUCCAGAUUCAACUCAAGAUCAUAUGGCUGUCAGAGCUUUACGGGUGCUUUUAGCCUGCCAGCUAGGUCUUGCGUCAGUAUUUAGUUAUAUCAUUAGAGACACCAUUCUUACAGCUGAUAUCAAGCAUUUAGAAAAGAUGAAUGUUAGUCAUAUAGAAAAAGUUAAAGAAAUAGGCAGAACAAUUGUGUCACAAGACACAAUUGUGGGAGCUAGGAUCCUUCAUUCCCCAAUAUGUAAAGACUGCAAAGAUAAAAGCAAUGAAUACGUUCUCCAAAGGCUUGCUUAUGACCUGAAAGGAACUGAGGUCAAUUGCAUUAUCUGCGAUAAAGAAUUAUCCCAAGACUCGAAAAUAACUGUUGUAAACGAAUGAUUUGAGACUCCAAAAGACUCAAUUACUGAUGAUAUCUUUGAAUCUUAUAUGUAA